CUAUCAUGGGCUGUUCCCCUUACACCUGAUUUGAACCAUGCAAUGUUCCAAAUCAGCUGCUUUGUGCAAUCGGGUGAAAGAGUUGCCAGCAUUAAUCCUGUCGCAAAUAUUCACCGAAGUGUUCAUCUUAUUCUUAUUCCAAAGUUCAGACCUGCGGCACCUCGUCAAUGGACAAGUAGCGAAGUU